GGCAGAGAAGGAGGAGUGAGCCAAAAAGAGGGGAAGGCGACGGGAAGCGAGGGGAGAGAGAAAGACUCCGACAAGAAAGCAGCAGCGGGGAGCAGCAGCUUCCGAAGUUGGGAAAGGCCCGGGGGAGGGAAGAAGGACAAGGCACUUUGCAGCAAAGGUAGCCAUGUCCGCCAAAGCAAUUUCGGAGCAGACGGGGAAGGAAUUCUUGUACAAAUACAUCUGCACGUCCUCAGCCAUCCAGAACCGCUUCAGAUAUGCCAGAGUGACUCCUGAUACCGACUGGGAUCGGCUAAUCCAAGAUCACCCCUGGCUCCUGACUGAGCGUCUCGUGGUGAAGCCUGAUCAGCUGAUAAAGCGGCGUGGCAAACUUGGCUUGGUGGGGGUGAAUCUUGACCUGGAACAGGUGAAGGCCUGGCUGAAGCCGCGUCUCGGACAUGAAACCACAAUUGCCAAAGCUAAGGGCAUCCUAAAGAACUUCUUGAUAGAGCCUUUUGUUCCACACAAACAGGCGGAGGAAUUCUACGUGUGCAUUUACGCAGCCCGCGAGGGAGACUACGUGCUGUUCUACCACGAGGGCGGUGUGGAUGUGGGGGAUGUUGACACUAAGGCUCAGAAGCUGCUGGUGCGCGUGGACGAGAAGUUGGACGAGCCCAGUGUCAAGAAGCAUCUACUGGCACAUGCCCCGCCGAACAAGAGAGAUGUCUUGGCGAGCUUCAUCUCUGGCCUCUUCAAUCUUUACGAAGACUUAUAUUUUACGUACCUGGAAAUCAAUCCGCUAGUUGUAACCGCAGAUGGCGUUUAUGUUCUUGACCUUGCUGCGAAGAUCGACGCAACGGCCGACUAUAUCUGCAAAGUGAAAUGGGGCGAUGUGGAUUUCCCCCCUCCCUUUGGAAGAGAAGCUUAUCCAGAGGAAGCCUAUAUCGCUGACCUUGACGCCAAGAGUGGAGCCAGCCUAAAGUUGACCAUCUUGAAUCCCAAAGGCAGAAUAUGGACCAUGGUGGCUGGAGGCGGCGCCUCUGUAGUGUACAGUGACACCAUCUGUGACCUUGGUGGGGUGAACGAACUCGCCAACUAUGGCGAAUAUUCCGGAGCUCCCAGUGAACAGCAGACCUACGACUAUGCCAAGACUAUCCUCUCCCUCAUGACACGGGAAAAGCACCCAGAAGGCAAAAUCCUGAUCAUCGGAGGGAGCAUUGCUAACUUUACCAACGUGGCUGCCACCUUUAAGGGCAUUGUGAGGGCUAUUAAAGAUUAUCAGGGCCCUCUGAAAGAGCAUGAGGUCAGGAUUUUCGUGAGGAGAGGAGGCCCAAACUACCAGGAGGGCUUACGAGUCAUGGGGGAAGUAGGGAAAACUACUGGCAUUCCUAUCCACGUCUUUGGUACGGAGACCCACAUGACUGCCAUUGUCGGCAUGGCACUGGGACACCGGCCCAUCCCAAACCAGCCUCCCACGGCAGCCCACACGGCAAACUUCCUCCUCAACGCCAGCGGCAGCUCCUCGACCCCAGCAACAAGCAGAACGGCAUCUUUUUCUGAGUGCAGACCAGACGAUCUGGCUCCGGCAAAGAAGGCAAAGCAGACAACGCUUUCUGAUGCGUCCCCACCUCCAAGACCUGUUCAAGGUAAAGCCACCACCUUGUUCAGCCGCCACACCAAGGCGAUCGUCUGGGGGAUGCAGACCCGGGCUGUGCAAGGCAUGCUGGACUUCGACUACGUCUGCUCCAGAGAUGAGCCUUCAGUGGCUGCCAUGGUUUAUCCAUUCACUGGGGACCACAAACAGAAGUUCUACUGGGGCCACAAGGAGAUACUCAUCCCUGUCUUCAAGAACAUGGCAGACGCCAUGAAGAAGCACCCGGAAGUGGAUGUGCUGAUCAACUUUGCAUCCCUCCGCUCGGCCUAUGACAGCACUGUGGAGACCAUGAACCACCCGCAGAUCCGCACUGUGGCCAUCAUUGCAGAAGGCAUCCCAGAGGCGCUAACUCGCCGGUUGAUCAAGAUGGCAGACGAGAAAGGCGUCACCAUUAUCGGGCCUGCAACGGUAGGUGGAAUCAAGCCCGGCUGCUUCAAGAUCGGAAACACAGGUGGAAUGCUAGAUAACAUCUUGGCAUCUAAGCUGUACCGCCCCGGAAGUGUAGCUUAUGUCUCCCGCUCAGGAGGGAUGUCCAAUGAACUUAACAACAUCAUCUCCAGGACCACAGACGGCGUCUUUGAAGGGGUGGCCAUUGGUGGGGAUAGAUACCCUGGCUCCACUUUCAUGGACCACGUUUUACGCUACCAAGACACGCCUGGGGUGAAGAUGAUAGUGGUGUUAGGAGAAAUUGGAGGAACGGAGGAGUACAAGAUCUGUAGGGGUGUUAAAGAAGGCCGGAUCACUAAGCCUGUUGUCUGCUGGUGCAUUGGGACCUGUGCCACGAUGUUCUCUUCAGAGGUGCAGUUUGGCCAUGCCGGAGCUUGUGCCAAUCAGGCAUCUGAAACCGCAGUGGCCAAGAACCAAGCUCUGAAGGAAGUGGGCGUUUUUGUACCGCAUAGUUUUGACGAGCUGGGCGAUGUGAUUCAGUCAGUGUACGAAGACCUGGUUUCCAAGGGAGUGAUUGAACCAGCCCAGGAAGUGCCUCCCCCUACUGUGCCAAUGGAUUACUCGUGGGCAAGGGAGCUUGGUUUGAUUCGGAAGCCAGCUUCUUUCAUGACUAGCAUCUGUGAUGAACGGGGCCAGGAACUGAUCUACGCCGGCAUGCCCAUCACUGAAGUCUUCAAGGAAGAAAUGGGAAUUGGGGGUGUUCUGGGCUUAUUGUGGUUCCAGAGAAGGUUGCCCAAAUACGCCUGCCACUUCAUAGAGAUGUGCUUGAUGGUGACGGCAGAUCACGGCCCAGCGGUGUCAGGAGCUCAUAACACUAUUGUCUGUGCAAGAGCUGGGAAGGACCUCGUAUCCAGCCUCACCUCGGGCCUGCUCACAAUCGGCGAUAGGUUUGGCGGUGCUCUGGAUGCAGCGGCAAAGAUGUUCAGCAAAGCAUUUGACAGCGGCAUCAUCCCCAUGGAGUUUGUGAACAAGAUGAAGAAAGAAGGGAAGCUGAUUAUGGGCAUUGGGCACCGGGUCAAAUCGAUCAAUAACCCAGAUAUGAGAGUUCAGAUCCUCAAGGAUUACGUGAAGCAACAUUUCCCUGCGACACCUCUACUAGACUAUGCACUGGAAGUGGAAAAAAUUACGACUUCCAAGAAACCCAACCUCAUCCUCAAUGUUGAUGGGUUCAUUGGUGUGGCCUUUGUUGAUGUGCUCAGGAACUGUGGCUCCUUCACACGGGAAGAAGCUGACGAAUAUAUUGACAUUGGUGCCCUCAAUGGCAUUUUUGUGCUUGGUAGAAGUAUGGGGUUCAUAGGGCAUUACCUGGACCAGAAGAGGUUGAAGCAGGGUUUGUACCGUCACCCUUGGGACGACAUCUCCUAUGUUUUGCCGGAACAUAUGACCAUGUGACAACAACAGGGAGCGAAAUGAGUUGCCUUUAUGGAAGGCCAGUAUAGGCAUGAUUGUACUAUAUGUCCCGGCUGCCGAUGUAUAGGAAAACGAGGACUGGCUGGGCUGAAAUUCUAUACAAGGCAGAUUUUUAUAGCCCUAGAAGUGGAUUCUAUUAAAAAAAAAAGAUAAACCAAAACCCUUCGCUAUUUCCUGCUGUAUUUAAUAUAUAUAAGCAGUUGCACUGUCUUGCUUGUUCUGUGUUUUUAUUUUUCUCCCCUCUGCUUUCUGACCAAGUUUUAAUGUUUUUAUUUUGAUCCAUGACCUCAUUAGACUUGAAGAACCAGGGAGUCAUGACUCCUGAAUUACCAAACCCUUGAAGAAUGUUGUCCUCACAAGCUGUAUAAUUUUGUGGUACAUUUGUCCUUUUUUGUCUUCUGUGUGUUCAUCUGCACAGUCUGAUUGUAUUUCUAGUCGGGGGGGACUACUGCUGAUUUAAUAAGCCAUUCCAAGUCGGGUGUAGUCAUUUUAAAAUGUAAACUGGUGAUAUAAGCUGUUCUUCAAAACUGUGAAAUCUGCGAGUAUUCCAGUUUCUGUAUUUAUGCAGCUAAUGUUUUUACUUAUCAUAAAAUAAAACCUAGAUCUACGAUUCUUGCAAAGACUGACCUGUCAGUCACCUUACAAGAUACACCAUUUCUCGGCCCUUAACUUAUAUUCACAACAGUAUUCAGUGCUCUGUCUCUGUAUCAUAUAACCUGUCUCAAAUAAAUAGUACAAUAAUAA